AGCAUUUUUCCGUAGACUCGCUGGCCCCGGCCAUGGCGCGCUGGCGCUCCCGCUGCUUGGCCGCGGCCUCCGCCCUGGCCGCGGUAGCCCUCCCGUCUGGGCUGGGCUUCGCGUUCGCGCCUCCCUCGGCCUCGCUGGAGUGUGGCAGGCUCGGCUCCUCAGCACACGCCGGCGCCGCCCCGCCUGCGGCCAGCGCCGCCCCUGCGGCCCGCGCUGGGGCGGCCGCGUGGGUGGCCGCGGCCGCACUGGCGGCCGGGCUGCUUCGGCGAGGCGCCAGCCUGGGCCGGGCGCCUCGCCGGGGCGCCGGGGCGUCGCCGAUCCCCCGGCGCGGCGUGUCCAAGAUGACGGACCCAGCUUCCUGGCUGCAGGGCAUCGACAUUUUCAUUUUCGACUGCGACGGGGUCAUCUGGAGGGGGGACUCCGCGAUCCCGGGCGCCGCUGCGACCCUGGACAAGCUGCGGGCGGCGGGCAAGAAGUGCUUCUUUGUGACCAACAACUCGACCAAGAGCCGGCAGGGUUACAAAAAGAAGUUCGACGGCCUGGGGCUGCCUGCGGCCGCGGACGAGAUCUUCUCCUCGUCCUUCGCUGCGGCAGCCUACAUGGAGCAGACGAACUUCAAGGCCACCGGCAAAAAGGUGUACGUGAUCGGCGAGACGGGCAUCUCCGAGGAACUCGACCUGAUCGGCGUCCCAUGGCUCGGCGCCGAGGGCGACGCUGACAAGGA